UUCCACGUGUUGCUUGUUGUAGGCGCCACAGGUUCCUCACCUGCGUCCGGGCGCUCGGGGCGCGCUGCCUCUGCCGGCGUGCUGCCUCUGCCGGCGUGCUCUGAGGAGCCGCUGGGUCGGCUCGCCCGGGCUGGCUGAGCAAUUCCUGAGGCGCUCAGGCGCACCCCCAACGCUAACUCCGCCUAUUCAAUCCCUGCGGCUCCCCCUCUCCCUCUCCCAGUCCUCCUCCCGGCUCCCGCCCGCCCCCUUCGCCCUGGCGGUAGGAAACACUCCUGAAUUUAACUCGACGUGUCCGGAAAGCCCUGGCCAGUUUUCCUUUCGUUCUGCGGCCGCUGCAGCCAACCCAGCGGCUCCCUAGGACCCGCGGGCGUAGCUGCGGUGGUGAGGCUCCUGGCGACUGCGGGCCGAGAGCCGGGGACCCCCGAGCACCAUGCUAGACCCGUCUUCCAGCGAAGAGGAGUCCGACGAAGGGCUGGAAGAGGAGAGCCGCGAUGUGCUGGUGGCAGCCGGCGGCUCGCAGCGAGCUCCGGCAGCCCCGGCUCGGGAAGGGCGGCGGGACGCGCCGGGGCGCGCGGGCAGCGGCGGCGGCGCGGCCAGAUCCGUGAGCCCGAGCCCCUCGGUGCUCAGCGAGGGGCGAGACGAGCCCGAGCGGCAGCUGGACGAUGAGCAGGAGCGGAGGAUCCGCUUGCAGCUCUACGUCUUCGUCGUGAGGUGCAUCGCGUACCCCUUCAACGCCAAGCAGCCCACCGACAUGGCCCGGAGGCAGCAGAAGCUUAACAAGCAACAGUUGCAGUUACUGAAAGAACGGUUCCAGGCCUUCCUCAAUGGGGAAACCCAAAUUGUAGCUGAUGAAGCAUUUUGCAACGCAGUUCGGAGUUAUUAUGAGGUUUUUCUAAAGAGUGACCGAGUGGCCAGAAUGGUUCAGAGUGGAGGGUGCUCUGCUAAUGACUUCAGAGAAGUGUUUAAGAAAAACAUAGAAAAGCGUGUGCGGAGUUUGCCAGAAAUAGACGGCUUGAGCAAAGAGACGGUCUUGAGCUCAUGGAUAGCCAAAUACGAUGCCAUUUACAGGGGUGAAGAGGACUUGUGCAAACAACCAAAUAGGAUGGCCCUGAGCGCAGUGUCUGAACUUAUUCUGAGCAAGGAACAACUCUAUGAAAUGUUUCAGCAGAUUCUGGGUAUUAAAAAACUAGAACAUCAGCUCCUUUAUAAUGCAUGUCAGCUGGAUAAUGCAGAUGAACAAGCAGCCCAGAUCCGAAGGGAACUUGAUGGCCGGCUGCAAUUGGCAGAUAAAAUGGCAAAGGAAAGAAAAUUCCCCCAAUUUAUAGCAAAAGAUAUGGAGAAUAUGUAUAUAGAAGAGCUGCGGUCUUCAGUGAAUUUGCUAAUGGCCAAUUUGGAAAGUCUUCCAGUUUCAAAAGGUGGUCCAGAAUUUAAAUUACAAAAAUUAAAACGUUCACAGAAUUCUGCAUUUUUGGACAUAGGGGAUGAGAAUGAGAUUCAGCUGUCAAAGUCUGACGUGGUACUAUCAUUCACCUUAGAGAUUGUCAUAAUGGAAGUGGAAGGCUUGAGGUCAGUUGCUCCCAAUCGAAUUGUUUACUGUACAAUGGAAGUGGAAGGAGAAAAACUGCAGACAGACCAGGCCGAAGCCUCAAGGCCACAAUGGGGGACUCAAGGAGAUUUUACCACCACCCAUCCUCGGCCUGUGGUCAAAGUGAAACUCUUCACAGAAAGCACUGGAGUUCUGGCCCUAGAAGAUAAAGAACUGGGAAGGGUGAUAUUAUACCCAACUUCUAAUAGCUCCAAAUCAGCUGAAUUACACCAAAUGAUAGUUCCAAAAAAUAGCCAGGACUCUGACUUAAAGAUCAAACUGGCAGUGCGAAUGGAUAAACCAGCGCAUAUGAAGCAUAGUGGAUAUCUGUAUGCCCUUGGACAGAAGGUUUGGAAAAGAUGGAAAAAACGUUACUUUGUUCUAGUUCAGGUUAGCCAAUAUACCUUUGCUAUGUGCAGUUAUAGAGAAAAAAAGUCUGAACCACAAGAAUUAAUGCAGCUUGAAGGCUAUACUGUGGAUUAUACUGAUCCCCACCCAGGCCUUCAGGGUGGCCGUAUGUUCUUUAAUGCUGUGAAAGAAGGAGAUACUGUAAUAUUUGCCAGUGAUGAUGAACAGGACAGAAUAUUAUGGGUUCAAGCCAUGUAUAGGGCCACAGGUCAAUCAUAUAAACCAGUUCCUGUAAUUCAGACCCAGAAACUGAAUCCUAAAGGAGGAACUCUCCAUGCAGAUGCUCAGCUUUCUGGUAAAGAUGGAGAUCGUUUUCAGAAACAUGGCAUGGAUGAGUUUAUUUCUGCAAACCCCUGCAAGCUUGAUCACGCCUUCCUUUUUAGAAUACUCCAGAGGCAGACUUUGGAUCACAGACUGAAUGAUUCCUAUUCUUGUUUGGGUUGGUUUAGCCCCGGCCAAGUCUUUGUGUUAGAUGAGUACUGUGCCCGUUAUGGUGUAAGAGGCUGUCACAGACAUCUCUGCUACCUUACAGAACUGAUGGAACAUUCAGAAAAUGGUGCUGUCAUUGACCCUACCCUGCUCCAUUACAGCUUUGCAUUCUGUGCCUCUCAUGUGCACGGCAACAGGCCUGAUGGAAUUGGGACUGUUUCAGUGGAAGAAAAAGAAAGAUUUGAGGAGAUAAAAGAGAGACUUUCUUCCCUUUUAGAAAAUCAGAUAAGCCAUUUCAGAUACUGUUUUCCCUUUGGACGACCUGAAGGUGCUCUAAAAGCUACACUUUCAUUACUUGAAAGGGUUUUAAUGAAAGAUAUUGCCACUCCCAUACCAGCAGAAGAGGUGAAGAAAGUGGUCAGAAAAUGUCUCGAGAAAGCUGCCUUGAUCAAUUACACUAGACUCACAGAAUAUGCCAAAAUAGAAGGCCCAGCAGAAAAGGAAACAGAGACCAUGAGCCAGGCAUCUCCUGCUAGAAAACUGGAAGAGAUUCUUCAUCUAGCAGAGCUCUGCAUAGAAGUCUUGCAGCAGAAUGAAGAGCAUCAUGCAGAGGGAAGAGAGGCGUUUGCCUGGUGGCCUGAUUUGUUGGCUGAACAUGCAGAGAAAUUUUGGGCUUUAUUUACCGUGGAUAUGGACACUGCACUAGAGGCUCAACCACAAGACUCCUGGGAUAGUUUUCCUCUUUUCCAACUGCUUAAUAAUUUCCUCCGAAAUGACACACUUUUGUGUAAUGGAAAAUUUCACAAACACUUGCAAGAAAUCUUUGUACCCUUGGUUGUCCGCUACGUGGAUCUCAUGGAGUCUUCCAUCGCCCAGUCAAUUCACAGAGGUUUUGAGCAGGAGACGUGGCAGCCUGUCAAGAAUAUCGCCAACAGUCUUCCCAAUGUAGCUCUUCCAAAAGUUCCAAGUCUGCCUCUUAAUCUUCCACAGAUUCCUAACAUUUCUACUCCUUCGUGGAUGCCUUCUUUAUAUGAGUCCACCAAUGGCUCAGCAACAUCAGAAGACCUUUUUUGGAAACUUGAUGCACUGCAGAUGUUUGUCUUUGAUCUACACUGGCCAGAACAGGAAUUUGCCCACCACUUAGAGCAAAGACUUAAACUAAUGGCCAGUGACAUGCUAGAGGCCUGUGUCAAAAGAACAAGAACCGCAUUUGAACUCAAGCUACAAAAGGCAAGCAAAACAACUGACUUGCGCAUUCCAGCUUCCGUUUGCACAAUGUUUAAUGUGUUAGUCGAUGCCAAAAAGCAAAGCACCAAGCUCUGUGCCCUGGAUGGAGGACAAGAGUUUGGUAGUCAAUGGCAACAAUACCAUUCAAAAAUAGAUGAUCUGAUCGACAACAGCGUAAAAGAAAUCAUUUCACUGUUAGUUUCAAAGAGACCAUGAACCAUGAAAUGCAGGCAAGAAAUUAGAAAAGUCAAGAAAACAAAUUCUGCCCUAGAGCCUCCAGAAAGGAACUCAACCCUAUUGACACUUCGAUUUUAGCCCAGUGAAGCCUUUGUUGGACUUCUGAACUACAGAACUAUAGCAUAGUAAACAUUUGUUGUUUUAAGCCAAAAAAAAAAAAAAAAAAAAUUAGCUGGGAGCAGUGGAGCACGCUUAUAAUCCUAGUUACUCAGGAGGCUGAGGCAGGAGAAUCACUUGAACCCAGGAGGCAGAGGUUGCAGUGAGCUGAGAUCACAUCAUUGCACUCCAGCCUGGGUGAUGAAGUGAGACUGUCUUCAAAAAAAAAAAAAGCCAAAGAAAAACUGGGGAGGGCUGAGAGUAAGAAUAUGGUUAACAGAGCCAAGAGUGAAAAAAAUGACAACUCUCAAAAAGCACUCCUGAAGAGGGCCUCAAUCAAUUCUGGGUAUGAAUGAAGAGGUCAUUUCUAUAAUGCCCAACUUCCUAGAUUCUCAAUUAUUGCCAAAAAAAAAUGAUUUAGGAAAGAAUAUACACUUUUUCCCCCAACUAUAUUGAUACAGAUAUACAGGCGUACACACACACACACACUCUCUCUCUCUUUCUCUCUCUCUCUCUGUCUCUCGUAACUUAGAAUAUUUUCCCUAAAUUUCUCUUAAAAGUAGUUUAGAUAGAAGACAAAUCUGAUCUGACCUCCUAGAUUAUGUAAUUAAAAUUUCUUGUUAACGUAGCCUGAUGAACUUAAUUUCAUUAAAUUUAUUCAAUUUAAUUGUUUGGAUCAAGGCCAUGUAUUCAGAAGGCACCUGUUCAAACCCAAGUAUGUGCCCAGAAGGAAGAGCAUACAAUAUUAAGAGCCUUUAGCAAAGAGAGAAUGCAAGUAAAAUAGUCCAUUUUAUUUAUGUAGACAAGAAGAAAAGGAACAGUGUAAGAAAACAGUCUGAUAAAUUCACCAACAUCUGAUCUAGGUGUGCUAUUUUAGAAGUUGUCCUAGAUACUUUGCAGAACAAGGUACAUUAUGAAUAAAUACAUGCUGUCAAACACUCCCUCUUUCCUAUAGAUGUAUAGGAUUCUGGUAAAACCUUUUUGGAGUCUAUUGGAACAAAGCUUCAAAAAAGUAGUUUCACAGUGGGAUUCACAGAAAGAGGAUGGGAAAGAGAAAAUUGUAUCAUAUUUUUAUAUCAUUAUAUAUUAACAUUCUAAUUUGGGGAAAAUAACUUACUUUCUCCU